CCAGUCGGAAGCAGCCAGUACCGUGACGACCAGUUCCCGAGUGAAAAACCGGAGAAAUCGGCUCCGACGCGAGGUCCCACAUGAAUAACCCGGGAGCUGAAAAAUGGCGCCCGAUGGCCAUCUCGAACCCGUCAACCCGGUUACGCAUGGCAAGGUCCAUGCCUCACUGGGUACUGGCCCAACAACAAAAGGAAUCGGACCAGAAGCAUCAACGACGACCACCGACCCCGCCGAAGAUACCACCACCAUCCCUCUCCGGUGACUGCGGCGAGCCGGACUACGAAAUCAUCGAAUUCCCAACCCGACCACAACCCGAAAAGUCCUCGACGCCGAUCGCGAACGCGUUCAAAUGCGCCCUAUGCGGCACCGAGAACGUGUACGCCCGUUGCGACGUAUGCAACGGGACCUACUGCGAGGCCUGCGACGACAUGAAUCACAAACACCCCAAGAGAAAGAACCACGUGAGACGACGGAUCCUGAUGGAUCACGCGAUGAAAACACGACCGCCGUUGCCGCCUAAAGGGGAGAACCUGUCGAAUCCGCCCCCGAUACCGCCGCCCAGGCGUAAUCGGAAGACUCAGGCUAAAUCGACGCAAAACCAGGGACCCCCCACGAAUCUCUCCUUGAUCGAGAGAGUCGGCAGCUUGAAGCGAAACCUACCGAACACGAGCAGGCCGGUAUCGGUGAGCCUGGACACGAAAACGGUGUCGAAAUCCACGCAGUCCGUGAAAGACGCCACUUCCGUCGACGGAUCCGGCACUGGCACCGACAAAAUGUCCACCUUACAGGAAAGGUACAGGAAAUAUCAAGAAGCGAUGCGCGCUCAAGACGCGAAUAGACGAAGGCACACAUCCGGUGACAUAUCAAGAGACACGGCGAAUACGAGGCCGUUGAGUAUGGGCAGCCCAAGACCGGCGCCACCAGUGCCGCCGCCGCCUCCUCCUAGAUCGAUGAUACAGUCGGCGAGCGUUUGCGAUUUAUCCUCGGCGCAUAUGUGGAAUCCUGGAAUGCAUCAGGCCCAGUCCAUGGCUCACUUAGGUCCAGGCGGAAUGCCCAUGAUGUGGUACCCGCCGAAUGGUCCCUGGGACAUGAGUAUGGGCGGUUCCACGAUGAGCCUGAAUCAUCCAGCGAUGUGGGGCUGUCCGAUGGGGUAUCCACAAUCGCAGAUGCUACCGCCGCACUAUCCAGGCUCGCUCUCGAGGCCGCACAGUCCAGCGAGAAGCUUAAAGUCCAGCAGAAGAUCAAGGGCUGCAUCGCCCUCGCCCAGUCUCAAGUCCAGGAAAUCGUUGGCCUCCAGGUCACGAUCGAAAAGAUCGCAGGGAUCGCCGUCUGACGCGAGUUCCGAGGACUCUGGGGAGUCGGACAUCGACGACAGGCUUUCUCGUAGCUCCAGAGGCACUAGACGAGGUAGCCUAUCCAGAAGCAAACAGAGGAACUACCACGAGGACGACGGUGGCAGGAGUUUGUUGACAAGGAACCGACGAGAACGGCUGAUGUCAGAGGAAAGGAUGACAAGCACCGAGGACUGGUCCGAGGGACCAAGCAAACGAUACUCGAGGAACUUCGAGGACUUGCAGAAGAACACUCUGAACGCCCGACGACGUUACGAUCAAGAGGAUCGCAGGCUCUCGAAAUUGGAUCCUCGAGUCGAUCGCGUUCCCAACGGCGGGUACAGAGAACGUCGAAGACAGAGCACCGACGACGAAUCGUCCGACAGAAGAUCGACCUUGCCCGUUCGAUCGAGAGUCACCAGCUCCUCCGACGAUCACUUCGAGAAAGUGGAAUCUGCAGGAAAAAGACGGAACGAAGAUGUGCUUUCGAGAAGAUCGUCUUCCGUGAGAAGGGACCCAGGAUCGGACGAUUUCGAGAGAUCCACCCGUCGAGAUUCCAGACGAUCCUCGAUCGACAGCGACGCGCAAACCUCGAAGAAACCACCGUCUCGAGAUUCAUCCUCCAGGCGAAAUCAAGACCAGGAGAGAUUAAACAAAGAAGAGAACGAACUUCCGUCGCGUUCAUCGACGAGGACACAACGGAGUCGCGAUCCAUCGCGUGACCGAGAGUUGCCAAAAAGGGAAAGUUUGAGGGGAGAAGCUUCUCCGGAGGACACGGAGAGGUCUGCCAAACGAAGUUCCCGUAGAUCGUCGUUCGAGUCCGAUAACCAGAGCACGAGGAAGACACCGUCUCGCGAGGCUGUCCCGAAGAAGCUUCAGCAGAGCGAUCGAGAGAUCUCGAAAUCGAAUGGAUCGAGCAGGAACCAAGAGACGGAGACGCGAGAGGUUGAGAAACGUAGUGUAGAGAGUCCUCGGAUGAAAGAACCUGAAAUAAUUAAACGUCCAGAGAGACCAGCCUCAGCGAAGAAAGAAGCAAAGCGUCAGGAUCAGAAUAUUUCAUCCAAGGAAACGGCUUCGUCGAAUGUCCCCGGCGAGUCGAAGCCAGCAAUGGAGAUACCAAAAGAGGAAUGGGCCUGCGAGCACUGCACAUUUAUAAAUAACAUGAACGACCGUGUCUGCGUGGUCUGUUGCAAAACAAAAAGCAGCGCGUUGCCGCCGAGUGGCGACGACACCGCAGAGGAUCCUCCAUGCGAACCACCGAAGAGCGAAUCAGCGACGACCUCCAGCAACCUAAGCGAACCUAGCCCCGAUCUCGAGAAACGGACAAGCCUGUUGAAAAUCUCGAACAGCGAAGAGAGCGGGGACAGUGGCUCGGCAAAGAACAAAGAGGUCGCGACGUUGGACGAUUCGUCGACGGUCGUUACCGAGAAUAAGCUACCGGAAGCCUCGUCGGUAACGAAAGAUACAACGUCAGAGACAUCGAGUAGUACAUUGAUGGCCGUGGAGAGCACGCAGGACGCAUCGAUCGGCGUGGCUGUCUCGAAAGUGAAAGAAGAAGAGCGCGCAACAUCGCCGAUCAGACGACCGAUGCUCGCGCAAAUUCAAAAAAUGCACUCGGUUUCGACUGGAACGUCGCCACCGCCUCAGACCAUCUCGACUCAAACCUACGACUAUCUUCCAGCAAGAGGAAAUACCGGGCUUGCAAGAACAGCAUCAGGCUCCAAGGGACUUCUUUAUUACGAGGACAGUGACGCAGAGGAGCAGCAGGUCAGGUACGCGAACAGCCCGGAUCUGUAUCCACGUCUGCAGGAGCAGUAUCUGCAGCAGCUGAUCGCUGGAUCGAGCAGGAAUCAAACGCGACGGAACUCGAUCGACUCGGCGCAUCUUUAUUACCGUUCCAGGGAGCCGAGCCAGCCGAGAUUCCUCGAGGCGAGCUCCAGUUCCCAAGGCGGCGUCUCGACGUUGACGCGGCAGGGCUUAGAAAUUGUCGAACUUCUGCGUGACGCCGAGAGGCACGGUUACUCCACCGACGACGUUCAGGUGGCUUUAUCGCAGGGCGCGAGCAACCCGAUCGAAUGGCUGAAGGCGCAGUGGCCUCAUUUGGUGGAGACCGUGCAAGUUCUCGCGACCACACAGGGGAAAGAGCUGAAGGAGAAUAAUGUCGGCGCGAUCACAGCCCCGGAGGCGAAGGAAGCGUUAAGAUCGGCCAAGGGCGAUGUUUGGAACGCUGUUGCCAUCGCGAUUCAACGGAGACAGCUGAAAUGCGAGGAAAUAAUGAAGAAAGGUAACUUCACGACGGCGGAAGUUGUGAAAGCGCUGGAGAAUAACGCAGGCGCCGAGGACGCGGCUUUAUUCGAGCUACAAAAGAAUCAGCUCAAGCCGUUUUUGAUGAGGAUCUGGGGUCCUCCGGUCGGGGUGGAAAAUGACGAGGCUGCACCGCGGGAAGAUGCGGCAGGUGCGGUCGGUGGUGGUACGGGUGUUCCCGAACAGGUUUCCAACGUGUCAGACUCCGAGGCGCGGAAGCAGGUAAUGUCACCAAUUGUUGAAAAUUUCGUGGCGUUGCAGGCCGACUUUCAAAAGCAACUGGCGGCCCUCCAGCAACUGACCGAUAACUGGCAACACGAGAAAGAGCCCCCGAACACGCACGGUAACGAGCCUGUUAAUCUGCACGAAGGUAACAAUGACGAUCGAGCGGUUUUAAUCGAUAAAAAUCUGGUCCGAAGGACCGUACAAGACCUCGAUGUAACCGAGGCCCUUAGAACGCCGGAGAAACGACUCGUGAACUGCCCCGACGACGAAUCGACACGAACGACCGUAGACGAGACUGUAUUAUUGCCUGUAAACGAUAAACUUUUAAUUAGAGAACUCGAUGCACCUGCUAUAGAUUGUGAGAAAAAAGUAACCGCAACAAGUGUAAUCGGGGAAACGAACGAACAGAAACCUACGGAAAAUCUAUUAAGGAAAGACGAUAAAAAAGUGAAUGAAGCGAUUUUGGAUAUUGAUAAGGUUCGAACACCUGAAGUACAAAAAAUGCGUCUCGGGGAAGUGAAAAAGAAAAUCGAGGAUAAGAUAGAUCAGAAGGAAUUAUUGCCUGCAGAGGAUAAUACUGUAAGUGUUCGUAUUGAAAAUCCUGAUAGGAAGUCUCCUGUUUCAAAUAUAAUUAAGGAAACGACAGAACUGGCUUCUUCGAGUCUGUCGGGUGAUUUUUCAGAGAUUCCAAAGAAUAAAGUAACGGAAGAAGUGAUUCUUCAUCCGUGCAAAGAGAAGAAUCAAUCCGCCGAGUUACAAAGGGAACUCAAGAAAGCGGAUAAAAGUGAUGAUACCGAGAUAGAAAAAGCUGGAACAAAGAUCGCGGAUAAGCCGCCCGCGGGGGUAGAAUUAAAAGCAAUCGACGCGAGUAGCUCGAAGGAAAAUAUUGAGGAAACAGGGAGCCAAAGUUUUGACAUAGUUCGGAAGGGAGACGAGGAGAUUCCUGGACGAGUCGACGGAAACGAAAUCUCGCCUCGAGAGACUGCCGGUUUUAAUCAAAGGACCGUAGAAGUAGAUAAAAAUUCCGUUUCACCUGAAAGCGUCCCUGUAGACCGAAAUGUAUCGAACCACGGUUCGCCAGAGAAUUCACAACCAUCUAGUGGAAUUGAACAACCCAGCCUGGUGGACGAAAAACUGUUGGAAAGUGAAGAAAACUUGCAGGAAGAGACAGUCUUCGAUCCAGUCGUUAAUCCAUCCGACCGCCCCGGACAACCACAAGAGCCAGGUAUUUCAACGGAAAAAACACCCGAAAGCAUAGAGUCGACGGACAAUUCGAGCCAAACAGCCGCAACUACCCUCGAAAAACAGCAAUCAUCGUCGAUUACCACGGCGAACGAUUCCUCCGCGAACGGUCCUCCGCAAGAAGUCACGCAGAAAAGCAACGAAACCCAAGCAGCAGUCACCGUGGAGGCGCUGAUAUCCGCGGUGAGAUCGUUGCCAGAGCAAUUACUUGGUCCGUUCGUCUCGGCGAUGCAGAUGUUAGCGCCGAAGAAGACCCUGGAUGUCGAUCGAUCGAACGAAGUCAACGUCGCGACGAUCGAUCCCCUGGAAAAGAAUGCGAAAGAAAAAAUGGUGAAGGAGUCGAAGACUGUGUCUUCAGAAACGCCAGGAGUAGAUCAAAAGAGCGACGAAGACACUGCGAAACUUCACCUGGUGGAGAGGAUUGUCGAUGAAAUUGGCGGUGUCCCAGCCGAGUCAACGGUAUCUGCCACUGCCGAAACGACCGCGGCCGACAUCGAAAAGCUGCAAGAACUCGAAACGGUACGUAGAGACGCAGGAAACGACGGUGUUCGUGGUAACGCGAGUGGGAGGAUAAUGGAGGCGGCUGGGAACACGGUGGUAGCGAAAUUUCACGGUAACGUCGAGGUCUCGAAGGAUCCGUCGAAUCUGUACGGGAAAGUGACGCUGCUAUCGGGUUGCGAGGAAACAAAGAUGGUGUCUGGAAACAACGGGGCUGAAGUAAGUUCGGAAAAAUGCGCGCCGGAAGUCGCGGCAGACGGCAUUAGAGGCGGAACGGAGCCUCCGGAGAAUGCUGAUCGCGGGAGAACGCUCGACGACGCAGGUGAAGCUUUGGUUGUUCACGUGAAAGUGUUAACGAUUGAUUCUUCUCACGGGACCGAGACCCAAAUAAUGGACGAAUUGUCGUCGGUAAAGGAAGCUGACGGCUCUUCCGUGAAUAACACCGAGGACUCACGAUCUAACAACGCAUCUUCGUGCGACCAAUCAGCCAUCAUGCAUUGUUUAACGAGAAAUAACGAAAUCAUUGGCGCGCAAUCAUUAUCGACGUCAUCCCCCGUGGCACGUGGCUCGGAAACAUCUGAAUCAUCCGACAGACGGACACGUAUCACGAGAGUUCAGAGUUGCGAUGAUAACCGUGUGAAAUUGAUCGAUAGCAGUUUCGUAGGCGAGCAUAGAGAUUCUGUAGAAUAUCCAGUUACUACGGCGGUUAAUUCUAGUGCUGAUAACUCGACUAAUUUCACCGUUACGACGACGAGCUUGUCUUCUCUUACUAAUCCUCCCGUUUGUGAAUUUACUAAAGUUAACGCGCAGAGUCGUGAAAUUGCCACGAACGAAAUUCCUGAGGGUUCAGAAGUCCUUGCUGAAGUCUCCAAUAAUCCCGGAAACGCUGUGCCCCAAACUUCUGCUGAUUCCAAUACCUGUACCAAUGAAAUUUCAGAAGCUUCGGUAAUUAAUGCGCUUGAAAAUCAUAAAAUCACCGAGAACGGUAAAGAGGUCGCUAUUGAUGCUAAAAAUUGUCCUGAAACUUUCGUAGAUUCUAAAACACUGGGCUCCAAAGUCCUGGAUGGUUUCAGAGUGAUUAUGAAUAAACUUUCUGUGGAUUAUAAAAAUCUCAAUGAAAAAGUUCCCACGGAAUCCAAAGCCGUUGCGACUGAAGUUACUGUAGUACCUCUAAUUACGAAGGAUUGUUUAAUUAUUCCAAAAGAAGUUCUUUCAGAUUCGAUAAACCACGUCAAAGGGAUUUCUCAAGAUCCCACAGCUUCUGUCCUGGAAAUGUCAGAAAAUUCGAAAUUUAUUCACAAUGAGGCUCCCAAAGAUUCCGAAAAUCAUGUCGAAGAAGUUCUCCAGGAUUCUGGCAACGUCGUACGAGAAGUUCCUCUGGACCCUCGAACAUCGAUCUUCGAUAUUUCAAAGUGUUCGGAAACUGGUGCGCAACAAAUUAUCGAGAAUUCCGAAUCCCUUAUCCAAAAUGCGUCGAAACAUCCCGAGGAACUUCACGACGUUACCACAGAUUCUAAAAUUACCGUUUCCUUAGCUACACAAGACAGCGAAACAAUAUCGAGUGAAAUUCCUGAAGAUUCCAUAGUCCUUGUCGAAGAAGUUUCUAACGAUCCUCGACACGUUGUUCGUGAAAUCCCCAUUGAUCCCAAAAUUCUAGUCUCUGAAACGUCAAAAAAUGCUGAAACCACCGCGCAGGAAACUUCCAAAGAGUCUGUUGUUAAUGAGCAAGGAACUUCUAAUGAUCCCAAGCCCGUGGCCGAAGAAAUUUCUAACGAAAUCAAUGAUACCGUUGGCGAACCGUCCGAGAAUCCGAAAACGGAAACGACAAAUAUCUCGAACGGAACUAAAGCUCUUUUCCCCGAAAUAUCCAAAUCCCCGUUGCAUGUGUCUGAAAAAGUAGAGCAGCCUAUCUCCGUUGCAUGCCACAUACCUCAGUCCGGUGACAAAAUCGAUACUCGUCCAAUAACUUCCGUAAGUAAGUCGCUCGACUCUGACGUGAAAACAGGAAAAAGCAAGCAACGUGUAUCGUUGGUGAUCCAGGGGAAUAACUACGAGGUAACAGAUGACGGUUUUUCGAACAAAGAACAAAACGAUGUGAAUACAAUGGAUGGAAUGAAUAGAUCGGAGGAGAAUUCAAAGAUCGAAAAUUCACCGAUAGUUCCAGGGAAUAGUAAGACUUCAACGUUUAUAGAUCCCAUUUCAAUGUCCAACGACGUCGACGCGAAUAAAAGCACCGAGGCACUAGCGAAUAUCGAGUCGACAAUUUUAACUAUUUCGAGUGACUCUCGUAUUAAUGGUCCGUCGUCGAGCACGGAAACUCUGGAUUCCGAAUCCGUCGUUAACAAGCUGAAUUCUAUGGACACCAACAAAAUUCCGGAAAGUCCAAUCGAUCCCAAUGAUAUUGUUGAUAUGUCGCGUAAUGCGGUCGCUUCGAGUACAGAAACUAACUCGAUCGAAUCGAGUUCUAACGAUACGGUUCUUGAAAGUUACUCCGAUACUACAUCGAUAGCUACUAUCGAUAUUUCGAAGGAUUCGAAUAAUAACGCGUCGGAGUCGGUGGAUCCAGAAGUUAAAGAGAAUGAAAUACAAAAAGAAAGUAAAGAUGUCCCUGAUGCACCUGCAGUCGAAAAUUCAAAUGAAAAUAUAUCGAACUCGGAUUUAAGAACGAGCGUUAAAUUGGCAGAGUGUCGAAAUAUCGGGGGUGUUAUUGAUAUUCCACCUGGAGUACCUGAAAUCAUCGAGAUUAACAUAACCGAGUGCCCGAUGAUAGCGGUGAAUGAAUGCGCGCCAAUAAAACAUUUCGAGAGUAUGCCUGAAGUUCGAACUCUCGAAGAAUCCACGAAACUGAGAACAGAACGUGAAGUUCUGAAAAAAGAUGCAAUCGAAAAUAGUGAAAUACGAACCGAUACGACUGUGGCAUUUGUAGUCGCAGCUAAGGAAAGAUCGAAAUCACCUGGCAAGAGGUUCGGUCGAAGAAGAUCGCCCGUGAAAGUGGUGAAAAAACCGACUGGCAUACCCAGACGAAAUUUCGGGAAAAUUAGCCCGAAGGGAACAUCGAAAAGUAUCCCGAGAGCAAAAGAAAUGGCGGUGGAAGUGAUUCGCAAAUCGAUUCUACCUAUACAAAGAGCAGCAAAAAGAGAAACUAUGGGAAAGGUAGACGCAAGAACCGCGAAAAUCGUGUCGAAUAUUACGCAAACGGGUAAAAUGAAAAUGACAACUGUACCAAAACAGGUUGAAAGGUUGACCAAAACAAAUUCCAAGUCGAUUGGUUCGCAAGUAACCACGCAGAAACGAUCCACCAUCUUGAAAACCAUAUCGAAGGGUUGCGAACAGAUGAAACGAUCGAUCAUCUCUGUACAGUCCAAAGACAAGAUCGCUCGGGUAGAAACGGAGAAGAAGAUACAAGAAAUACCAAAAAGCUCUUUCCUCUCGAGGAUCCCAGUGUUCACAGCGAGACGUCCGCAAUCUGCGAAAAGUUCGCAAUCUUCGGUGGUGUUAUCCGCCGAUUUGAAUAACACCACGGCGAAACCAGAAGGCCAAGAAACUGUUAGGAAAACUGGUUCAUCGGGAAAUCCUACGAAACUGAAGGCGCCACAAAAUAUUGUCUCCGAUCGAACCGAUACGGAUUUAGAUGGCAGGAAAGUAGAGCUUUCGAGAGGUUCGACAGUCGACGGGAAUAGAAAUAUCAAUAAUAUAAGAGACAAUUCUGUAACGGAGAAGCUGAAGACUGGUGAAUUAGACGAAGAACAGAACGACGAUUCGAACGACACAGAUUCCAGCGAGGAGUACACACGUGAACCGGAAGACAGUUCCGACGUGGAAGGUUCCUCAGACUUCGACAGCACUGACACGCAACAUUCCGACAACACCUUGGACAGCAUGGAGGAUCUGACCGACGCCGAGAUUCGGCUGCAAGAAACGCUGAACGCGAUCAAGGCGAAAAUAUCCGACUCGGAGUACGAAGAGAGCGGGAACGAGUACAGCGACGUGGACACUCAGGGCUCGGAUUCCAGCGACAUUCGCGUGGAUCGUAAAGAUUCUAAUGGCAUUGUGGCGGCUGAAGAUUCAUCGUUCGACGAGGAAGAACCGUUAGAGGACGCGGAGAUCGAUGGGAUGUCCGAGGAGGAUGAAACUUUGAGAGCCGAUGACGUUGACCCGAAGCAAACCCAGAUGAUUAGUGAGCAGAAAAAAAAGACUACUAAAAUAGAGGAUACUGGUAAAAAGGCUCGAAAAAAUUUCACAAAAAUAGUAAAAAUGGAGGAACCUUCGCCAGCUACGAACUCGAAUAAACCAGGUUCUAAUGGCACGGUUGAUGGAAAGUCUACGAGAUCAAAGAUGAAACACGAAACGAAUGAUGCCAAGAUUGAGAGUGGAUCCGAUUCAAAGGUUGGGGCCAAAGCGCCGAGACGCGUGAACGAGAAAAAGGUUAAAACCGGCCGUAGAGCGAGCACGGGCGGUGAUAAGGGGAUGGAACAGGGAGGAACCUCAAAGAAACGGUUCUCCCUGGUAGCCAGUUGUAUACGUCGGUUCGAGGGCGAAGAGAAAACGGAAAGGGAGUACGUCGAGAGUCGAAGCGGCUACGAGAGGACCGGGGGAUCUCCCAAAACGGAGAGGGAGAGAAUAGCACGCCGCCUCUUGGCCGAGGGCAAAGCGUCGAACUAUGACGAGGCGGAAGUCGCUGCCAGUUUAUUGGCUCUGAAAUUUGGGGAUGUGGAGGCUCUGCAUGCGGCCAAAGAGUGUUCCAGCGUGGAAUCAGCGCUGGCUUUCUUGCAGCAGGAGUGCGAGCUUUGCACUGGUCGCUUCGCGAUGAGUCAGAUGAUAUCCAUGCUGAAAUGCGUGCACCGUUGCUGCAACGAGUGCGCGAAGAACUACUUCACGAUCCAGAUCAGCGAUCGAAGCAUCACGGACGCGGUUUGCCCGUACUGCAAAGAGCCGAACUUGAAGGACGCCAGCGAGGACGAGGUGCUGGAGUACUUCAGUAACCUUGACAUCCAACUGAAGACCCUUUUGGAUCCUCCCAUUCACGAGCUCUUCCAAAGGAAGCUGCGGGACAGAACGCUGAUGCAGGAUCCUAACUUCAAGUGGUGCAUUCAGUGUUCGAGCGGUUUCUACGCGGAUCCGCAUCACAAACGACUGAUUUGUCCCGAUUGCCGGUCGGUCACGUGCGCCUUCUGUCGAAGACCGUGGGAGAAACAGCACGAAGGAAUUACGUGCGAGCAAUUUGCCGCUUGGAAAGACGAAAACGACCCGGAUAAUCAGGCCGCGGGCUUAGCCAAGCACCUGGCGGAUAAUGGCAUAGACUGUCCUAAGUGCAAAUUUCGGUACUCCUUGUCCCGGGGAGGUUGUAUGCAUUUCACGUGCAGCCUGUGCAAGUACGAGUUCUGCUGCGGCUGCGGCAAAGCGUUCAUGAUGGGAGCGAAAUGCUCGGUCAGCCCGUACUGCGCGAAACUGGGCCUGCACGCUCAUCAUCCGCGGAACUGUCUGUUCUAUCUACGCGAUAAGGAGCCCGCGCAGUUGCAGCAGUUGUUGCGCGAUAAUGGGAUCGACUACGACACUGAGGGUCCGGCCGGGGAUCGCAAGUGCAAAGUGCAGUUGCAGAAAGAAACUCCCGCCGGUGUUGUGGACGCGGUGUGCAAUUCAGAUGUCGUUGAGGGACACGCCGGUUUGUGCAGGAUACAUUACAUCGAGUACCUAGUCAGAAAGAUUCGUGGGACCCAGUUGGAGCCGCUCCCGUUGCUAAACGUGGACGAUCUCGAAACGUGCGUGAAACGGGCCGGUUCGAAGUUACCCCCGAACUGGCAGCACUACAUUGAGUACUUGGCGGGCCUGGUACUGAAGGGCAAGCUGGACCCCGUGGCUAUCUAUGACUUGAACGAUGCCAAGCAAGAGCUGCGCCGCCGGGGAAAAGUUCCCCCUGCGAAGGACCAGGAAAUGUCCGAACGGGAUUAUCUCGAGGCGUGCAUUCAGGUUGUGCGAAAAGAGAUUCCAUUGGAAUGAUGGAUGAACCAUGGAUACACGGGACUUUGUACAUGAGACUCA